CAUUCUCUCUGCCACGCGCGUAGUUCCCCCGGCCGCCGCCAGAGGACUCCCCGAGAAAGCUCAGCUGUAAACAAGAACACGCGGUGCGCACUUCCAUCUUCUCGAGGACCAAAGCUCUUCAAUUUACUUCUUGACUAAGGAGAUUCAGACUUUGCCAGGAUGGGGGUUCGCCAGAGGAAGAAAAUGCGAAAGCAGUUCAGAUAUGAAACCAAUCGUAAACGGGAAUUCAACAAAGGAAAAAAGACCAAAAUAGAUAUUGAGGUGAUUAGGAAGGUUUGGGACAAAUCAAAAUCAACGCACACAAACAUGGCCCAGUUAGGACUGGAAUACAAGCUGAAUAAGAUAAUGCCACCCAAUGAAAUGGAAACAGAUGUACAGAAGAAGGACAUUGUGGAUGAAGGAAAACAGAAAGCUGUGGUGGAAACCUUGGAGGGUCAAGUGAAGAAUCAGGUAGCCAAGACAAAGUUGCCUCCACGACUCACACAUUCACAGCGCAGCUACAUUAGGUACAUGAUGCAAAGACAUGGAACUAACUACUAUGCUAUGUCAAAAGAUCCCAAGAAUUACUAUCAAGAUACCCCAAAGCAACUGGAAGCAAAGAUCAAAUCUUAUAUGGACAAUCCUAGAUACUACAUUCCAGAAAUGAGGAAGAAAGGCUUACUUCCAGCUAAAUUGGCAGAGAAGAAACAGAAGGUCCAAGACAAGAAGAAGAAGGCACAAAAGAAAAAAUUCAAUUCCAAGAAGAAGUCAUAAAAAGGCUUUUGUGUGUGAAUGUGUGUAUGAAUAUGGUAUAGAUAUAAAAACUGUCAAUUUACAGUGGUAUUUUUGUUGUUUUUUGAAUGUCGACAAAAAGUAAAAAUAUUAUUAUUAUUAUUUUUUUUUUUUGUUAACUGGUUUACUAAAAUAGAUGUUUUAUGCUUUAUUCUUUAUUAUAUAAUAAAGUUGGUAAAUUGACUAUA